CGCGUGCGUGGUGAAACAGCGAACCUGGUGUGGUCGAGAUCGCGCGCGCGCGCGCGUGCUUGUGUGUCGAGUUCGGUCCUCGUUUUUGUUUUUUCCACACAUUUCCCUCUCCCGUCCGCUCCCCACCCCAAAUCAUCAUCGCCGCGUUACGCACACGCACACGCAUACAACACACACGCGAGCGCGUAUUUCCAUCGUACGGGUUCCGAAUCGGUUUUAAGGUGUGCGUGUUGCGAGUGCGCGCAUGUGUGUGUGUGUGUGUGUGUGUACUAGUGCCAAUGUGAGUGUGAUCCGCGUGCGUGCGCGUGUGUACGUGUUGUGUUGCCCAAACGGACGAAAAUAAUAAUAUCGUCGUGUAGAUCUGCCGCUGUGGUGGUGUCGUAGUAGUCGAAAAAGAAACGCGUCCGUCUCGCCGUCCGCGCACCACACCGGGCGUUUUUCGAAAACGGGUCCGGCAUCGCAACACCGACGAUAACACCACCGACGUUUAAUACCUAAACAUUGUUAUUAUUAUUAUUAUUACUAUUAUUAUAUAUAUUAAUACUUUAAUCGAGCCGACCAGCAGUAGCGCAGUGCACACACGUCGUCUGUGAUAAUAACAAUAUCAUUGUGUGUGUGUGUAUAUAUUUUAUAUAUAUAUAAUAACAUACACGGUAAGAUAAUAAUAAUAGUAUUAAUAAUCACAAUAAUAAUAUUAAUAUCGUGUGUACAUGCCGCCGCCGUCGUACGCGCAAUAAAUAAAUAUUGAAUAGUCGAUUUAUUAUAAUUUUGUCGUGAUAUCAGAUAUUUUUUUACUAUAAUAUUCUUUGCUGUUCGUGAACAACGACCGCGACCGACCGACCAAGAACCGUUGUGUGUGCAUCGCUAUCGGCGCCGUCGUCGAAUUUUUCCACUCGUCGCGAUGCCGCGGAUCCAGUAGAACGGCGCAUCGGACGCGCAGAUCCACCGCAGUACAACAGUAUCCGGCGUACCGAGUUUCGCGUUUCGGACCGAUCGUCGUCACUCCCCGGCGCGGUGCACCCGUACCCAUAUCAUUAUCAGUAUCACCGUCGUCAUCGUCAUCAUCAUCACCACCUCCGCCGACGACGUCCGAUCCCGGCGCCCCGCCGCCCGUCCGUGAAAACGUGUGAAAGACCAAAGGCCGCGGCACGCACCAACCGCCGCCACUACACGUCGUCAUGUCCGUCAGCCAACAGUUUUGCCUGCGAUGGAACAACCACCAAAGGACAUUGAUUUCGGUGUUCGACAGCCUCCUGGAGAGCGGCACGCUCGUGGAUUGCACGCUGGCCGCCGAGGGACGGUAUCUAAAAGCUCACAAAGUCGUGUUGUCCGCCUGCAGUCCGUACUUGGGGGUUUUAUUAAGUCAACAUCAAGAGAAACAUCCAAUUUUAAUUUUGAAAGAUAUCAAGUUUCAAGAAUUAAAAUCAAUGUUAGAUUAUAUGUAUCGAGGUGAAGUUAAUAUUUCUCAAGAAGAACUCGGUACCUUUUUGAAAGCUGCUGAAUCUCUUCAAAUCAAAGGUUUGACAGAAAGUGCUGGUAUUGGAGUUCGAGAUACUUCAGAUUUUGAAGACCCCAUGUCUAAACGUUUUGAUCAUAGAAAACAACCACCUUCUUUAUCAUCAGUUAGUUCUAAUUCACCCACCAUUUGGAGCCAAAAUGAAACUGUACGUACAUAUUCACGACCAAGAGAGGGUAGUUUAUCUCCAACUAGCAAGAAGCGGAAAUUACAAAGAACAAAUGGAUCAGAUGAUCAUCAUCCAGAUAAUGGUGAUGAUAGUAUGACUGAAUCUGAACCUCAAGGGGUAGAAAAAUCGCCAACUAAUAAUAAUAACAUCCCUUCUUCAGUCAGUAAGGUAAUCAAAGCAGAACCUUAUCGUAAAUCAUGUUCACCAGACAAAGAAGUGUUAAAGGCAACUGAAAAUCAGCUAAUUAAACCAAAAGUAGAAUCAAUUUCUGGUGAUCGACAAGAAUGUUUGACAGAAAUGUCAUAUGAUGAUAGUGUAGAAGAUAUGGCUUUAGAAGAGGAAGAAGAAGAAUUUGAUGAAAAUGAAUUAUCACAGCCCGGAACUUCACAAGGGGACACCAAUCACACCGUGCCUCAAACAAAUUCAUGGCAAUUAGACACAACUAAUCAAGAUAGCACCAGUACUGUUAAUACACCAAUGGACUGUAAAGAUCCGGACUUGCUGGCCGAGAAGUUCGAGUGUAAGCUCUGCGGCAAAGUGUAUCAGUGGAAGCAGAGCUUGAAAAGACACAUUCGGGAGGACCGCUGUGAUAAGGGUCCCCAACAUGCGUGUCCCCGCUGCGGGAUGAGUUUCAAGCACACCAGCCGUCUAAACAAGCAUGUCAUAUUGUGUCCGCAUAUCGUGUUCGACGACAAUCCGUCGUCCUCGGCGUCCACAUCCGCGGCCACGUCCACCGUGCAGCGCAUACUCAAACUGCCGCCGCCGUGCCCUGACGCUUUGCCCAUCACCGCCGUGUCCACAUCCACCACUUCGACGUCGUCACCGUCCCAGACGAUACUGGUGUUGCACUUGAAAAACCAGAAUUUGGCCCAAAAUUGGAAUUCUAAAAUCCAGAAACUGGGAAAUUAAAAAUAAAAACGUAUUUCUUAUUUAAAAUCAGUCAUUCAUGUGUGCGCGCGUGUGUGAGUGUGUGGCCUGUCAAAUUUGUGUAUUUAAUUCGAAAAGGGUUUUUUUUCGACCUUUUAAUCGUAUAUUAUUAUUAUUAUAUUAGGUAUAUAUUGACCGCACUGGUUAUUAUAAUAUUGAAAGUCUUACUUACAUCUCGAAAGGCCCAUAUUAUUAUAAACAGAGAGUAUGAUGUAUGAAAAGCGAGAACUCGCCUUAAGAUAAAAACUUAUAUCAUACACAGCAUAAUUAUUUCAUUAUUCAAUUUAUCAUUAUUAUUAUACUAUGAUAUGUAUUAUUUUUACUAGUCAAAUAUGGAACAACGAAAUCUAGUCUAUUUUUUUUUUGUUUUUCGUGCAAUUUAUAUAUUCGUGCAAAUCAUGUUUUAUUUUUUAUUAUUCGUAGCGUGUGUGUGUUUAACGAAUACCGGUUUUUAUUUUUUAUUUUACUUAGUUUUAUUAUAUAGGUACUCGGGUUAUUGUACCGCGGAAUAUUUCUAGACAUCGAAUAUAUUAGAGUCAUUAGUUAGUAAGAUUGAAUGUAAGACCAAAGUUCUCUCCUAUCAACAAAAUAAUAUACGGUAAAGAGCGAUAUCUUUCUAUUUAUAUAAAUAUUUUUAUUACAUUCGUCUAACUUAAAAUGUGUCUAGUCAAAAAUAGUUAUUUAUUUUAAUUUUACAUUAAUAUUAUUCGUGUACAUUAUAUAAAAUACAUUUUUUUUCUCCAAAAAUAUAACAAAAAAUUUCCAAACGUAUAUAAACCUAUUUUAUUGAUAGUUGAAACUUGAAAUUAUAGCAAUAGGUAUAGUCAACAAUUGAACAAUAUUGUAUUAGACAUGUAUUAAGUGACGUAAGAGAGCAUUUUAUCAUUACAAUAUAUUGUUAAUGGGUUCGUACAACACAAUAUUAAAUUUAGUAGGUUUGAUUAAAUGCGUUCGAUUGCAUUUUAUGUUACCAAACAUACCGAUUGAAAUUGGAUCAUAAUAUUAAUAUUGGAUCUAACAGGUAUAUACUUAAGUCCGACACGAAUUUACUUUUUAAGAUAAUUGUCACAUACUUGUAAAUUGUAUUUUGAUUUUAAUUUUUUGAUUCUAAUUUUCAAAAACGCACAAAACACAAAUAUAUACUGUAUAAAAAUUAUGAUUAUUUAAAAUUUAUAAGUAAAAUGUUGUGUGCUGUGUGUAAAUAUACAAUCAAUACGUAAUUUAACAAAGAUCCUUUCAAGUUUUUCUAUAACGAUUACACAAUCUUAGGUUAUUUGGGUAGUGCAAAUACAUUAAAUUCGUUUAUCUCCGUGUACUGCAAUAUAGCCGCUAUAAUAUCGUUACAUUUCCAACAAACCUAAGACGAAAAUAUUCGGCGCGUCAAUCACAAAUUAUAGUUUAUGAUUUACUCAAAAUUCUAUUCAAUAUUCAUUAGAUAAUCUAUUUGUGAAUUCAUAAAUCUUAACAUUGUGACAAAUGUGUAGAUAUACGUAUUCCGCAAUUCAGUAACGGUUUUCGGGUCGAUUGUCUGAAGUGGAGCCAACCAUAUGUAUCUAGUAUCUACUGGGCAAACGCUUUCAGCGAUAGUGCAAAAUAAAAUGAGCGCCAUCUAAUAAAGUUAUUUUAUAUAUUUGUAUGCCUCGAUUUACGCCACUGGUUUUGUAACAAGUCUUGACACGAACAAACGCAUUUCUAAAUUCAAUCCUGCACUUUGUCACAUUGGCUAUUCGUCGUUUUCUGUCGGAAAAUUAAAUAUCCUCUCGUAUUUUUCACAUUUCCUUUUUUUUUUUUUUUCUAUUAAAAACGACCACAACAUAAUACUAAUACUAUAUUGUGUUAAAAUUCAUACUUAAUAGUUUGUUUACGUAUAUGUGACAUUUACACACAACUACUGUAAUGAAAAUUUUGUAUGUAAAAAAUAUUUAUUUUGUUUUUAUAACUAACCCAUAUUAUGGAUAAAGUAUAGUCAUUUAUUUGUAUUUGUAUUUUUUUUUUUUAAUUUUAAUUAUUAUUUAGUGCAAUGAAAUUGAGUUCCUUGAUUAGUCAUGACCUUUAUAUAUAAAUUUAAAAAAAAAAUACUACUUAUAUAAUUAUGUAAGUAUAAAUAAUACCUCUACUUAAUGUGGUGGUCUAUGAAUCUAGUCAGGUACGAGCACAAAAAAAUUAAUAUUACUACUCGUGUAUUAUUACAAUGUAUAUGAUGUGUAUUUAUAAAAAUUAUAUAUAAAUGAUUAACAA